AUGUUCAUGAAAUGGAUCUCAUCUCUGCUGCUGCUACAAAUGAGUUGUUAUUUCAACUCUGGAAGUUGUGGAAAAGUGCUGGUAUGGCCCACGGAAUACAGCCACUGGAUGAAUAUGAAGAAUAUACUAGAGGAACUUAUCCAGAGGAGACAUGAGGUGACAGUUCUGAGACCUUCAAAUUACAUUUUUGUUGAUGUUAAUUCAUCUUCUGGAAUUAAAUUUGAAACUUUUACUGCAUCUAUCAAUAGAGAUGAAUGGGAAAAAUACUUCAUUCAGCUUGUCACUAGGUGGAUUAAUAUUGGACCAAUAGAUUCAUGUAUUCCAUAUUUUUCAGAAUUAGAAAACAUGUUUAAAGAAUUUUUUGAUACUUGGCAACAUUUAUGUAAAGAAAUAGUCUCAAAUAAGAUACUUAUGAAAAAACUCCAAGAAUCAAGAUUUGAUGUCCUUCUUUCAGAUCCCAUUAGUCCCUGUGGUGAGCUGGUGGCUGAGCUACUAAAAAUACCAUUUGUGUACACUCUCCGGUUCUCUCCUGGCUUCCAACUGGAAAAAUUUGCAGGAGGCCUUACCCUUCCUCCUUCUUAUGUACCUGUUGUAAUGUCAAGACUAAGUGGUCAAAUGACUUUCAUGGAAAGGGUAAAAAACAUGAUAUGUAUGCUUUAUUUUGACUUUUGGUUUGAUACAUUUAAUGAGAAAAAGUGGAAUCAGCUUUACAGUGAAGUUUUAGGAAAACCCACUACAUUAUAUAAGACAAUGGCAAAGGCAGAAAUGUGGCUCAUUCGAAGCUACUGGGAUUUGGAAUUCCCUCACCCCACCUUACCAAAUUUUGAUUUUGUUGGAGGACUCCAUUGCAAACCUGCCAAACCUCUACCUAACGAAAUGGAAGAAUUUGUGCAGAGCUCUGGAGAACAUGGUGUUGUGGUGUUUUCUCUGGGGUCCAUGGUCAGUAACAUGACAAAAGAAAGGGCCAAUAUGAUUGCCUCAGCCCUUGCACAGAUUCCACAAAAGGUUCUUUGGAGAUUUGAUGGCAAGAAACCAGAUAUCUUAGGACCCAACACUCGUUUGUAUGAGUGGCUCCCUCAGAAUGACCUACUUGGUCAUCCAAAAACCAGAGCUUUUGUCACUCAUGGUGGAGCCAACGGUAUUUAUGAGGCAAUCUACCACGGAAUCCCUAUGGUGGGCAUUCCUUUGUUUGGGGAACAACAUGAUAACAUUGCUCACAUGAUGGCUAAAGGAGUAGCUGUUAAAGUGGAAUUCAUAACAUUAUCAAGUACGGAAUUGCUAAAUGCACUGGAGACAGUCCUUAACAACCUUACCUAUAAGGAGAAUGCUAUGUGGUUGUCCACCAUUCACCAUGAUCAGCCCAUGAAGCCCCUGGACAGAGCAGUCUUCUGGAUUGAGUUUGUCAUGCACCACAAAGGGGCCAAGCACUUGCGGCCACUUGCCCAAAACCUCACCUGGUACCAGUACCACUCACUGGAUGUGAUUGGGUUCCUACUGUCUUGUGUGGCAACCAUUACUUUCCUUGCCAUAAAAUGUUGCUUGUUUUGUUCUCAAAAAUUUGUGAAGAAGGGAAAGAAGCAAAAGAGAGAGUAGAUCUUCUUCAGGUUUAAUGCAUUAGAAAUGAGACCAUUUCAUUUACAUUAACUACCAUGAAUGAAAACAUUACAAAGAGGAUCCUCCAUGAUUUACAACACCUUUGCCUUCUUGAUUUACCUAUAUAGUGUAAUCUUGUUUAAGGAAUAUGUAAUUCUGAUUUCACAGUUCCUAUAAUUCUAUUUUACUGUUGACUUGUACAUAAAUAUUUUUUUAAAAAAUGAGACUCAUUUAAACCCCAUGUGGGAAACCUUCCCAGGAGAGAAUGAUUAAACUGAGGGACAAAUGGCACAGUCUGUAUGGGAAGUGAACAGUUAAAAUAUGAGGCAAAAGUACCCCCAAUACAUACAUGGAUAGGCAAAAGACACACAGCUUGGGUGAGAUGACAUAAUUUAACUGUGUGAUGAAAAGGACACAGGGUCGGUGAGGAAUGAAUUGUUAAAUUUGGCAAAAUCACACAGGCUGUGUGAGAAUCAGAAUUGUAAACAACAAGAAGUUUAGAUUUGUAAAGUAUAUUAUGUCUGGACAUGUCCUUCCCAUUUCCCCAAGAAAAAGUGCUUAGCCUUGAGACAGCACCUGGCACAAACUGCUUUUCUCCUGGUUUUUGCUCUAAUAUUGAUAUUCUAAAUAAAAACCAGAGAGUUCUUGGGUUAGUGGAUUUGGGUGCUCACAGUGGAGAAAAAGCUCCUCUGGCCCUCUCAGCAGAUUGAACAAAGUCUCAUCUGCAGCUAAACAUUUCAUCCUCCAUGCCACCCAAGGUCACAUACAGCCACAACCUCAGUUUGUUGAUUUGAGAAAAGCAUUAUUGUAUCAUAUUUUCAGAAACAUUUUUCUAUUCAAAUAACAUGUAGUCCUCUUGACUUUCGUGUAUGUCAAAGAAUAGCAGAGGUAGAAAUUCGAUAACAGUAACGAGACAUUUUCUCAGAAAACUAAAGUAGGGGAGAGAAAAUUCAAUAUAAAUACAGCUCAAUUCCUACUAACACAAAUAUGACAAUUAUUUUCUUGGGCAUAAAAAGAGACUCUGAGGAAGUGAAGAAGGGAAACCAAAGGGAAAUACAGGCAUAUAGUAAAAUGGAAAAAUUAUAGUGGAAGAAAAUUUAAAAAUUAUGAAAAGCUCCUGCAAAUGAGGUUAGACAAAGUACAGUUUGGAGUUUGGGAGAAUCACAUUUUCAUUAGCAAAGAAGUAACAGGAAGAGUAGAAUUACAUGUAGGGACCUAAUCCACAAUUUAAGGGAGAAAAAGAGCACGGUGAAUUUAGUGAAUUUCAUAGCAAAUUGAUAAGGUAAAUAUUUUAUAAUAUAGGAGAGUUAACAGUGCGAAUCCCUUAAGAAAUAGGAAAUAUUUCCUAUGAAGUUUGAAUUUGAUUCACAAAGUUUUGUUUGUCCUAGCUUCCUUCCCUGAAACAUUGUAACCUGGUCUUAGCCUAGCUUAUAAGGAUAAAAGAAGUUUUCAACAUGAAGCCCUGAAUAUUCUCCAGCAUCUGUUUUUGUCUUAAUGAAUGAUUUUCUAUAACUAAUUAGUAAGAUCAGAAAAAAAAAAGAAAAAUGUCACUUUAGGAAUAUUAGUUGAGGCACUAAUUUUGUAGUUUGGUACCACUAGAAUAUAUUAGAUUUUGCUCCUUCUCCAAUUGUAUUUCCAAUUUCUCAGUCAGAUGCUUCUAUCACUUCAAGACAUAGCAUGAUGAGGGCAUAAGACAACCAAAAUUCAUGUCACUUUCAUGUUUAUUUUUCUCUCCAAACACAUGAAAGAAAAAAAAAACCUCAAGAUGGAACAAAGGGCCAAAUAUUGGGUGUGGCAAUUUUAAAAUCCUAUUUUCUAGAAAGCAACAUGAAUUGAAAAAAUUUUUCCCUAUCUUGUCUUUAAAUAUCUGCAGUCAUCAUGUGUGGAUUCACAAGGUAGUAUGCAAAAUAUCUCAAGGAAUAGAAAGAAACUAAUUGAAGAGUAGUUCUGCUGAAAAAGAGAUAUGUUUAAAAAGUUUGUGGGAAGGUAGAGGCAAUUAUCAUUUGGACAUAAGCAAAUAACUUUCAUAACACUCAUUUUUAUAAAUUACACUAAAUUUUAUUGAAAUAUGUUACAUUGUCAAGAAGAGGAAGUGACAGUCAUAUUCUUUUAUUAAACGGUGGGUAUCUAACAAGAAAAAACAGUAAAAAAAUUAUGUAGAAAUGUUAUUCUGAGCAAUAAUGAUAUUGUACAUAUACUAUCUGAUAGAAAUUUUAAUCUAUUUUUUAUUUCCUCAUGAAACACUCUCAGAAAUAAAAUGAUAUUUUUUUGUUGAA